AUUCUUGUUAAAAUAAUAAACAAAAGACAACUUUAGGAUGUUGUUUUAUAAUAGAGACACUUCUGUAUACUACUAUAUAUUCUGAAUAGUCAGAAAUGAUAUUAAAUCCAUCUAUUGGAGGCAGCUCAUAUCUUAGCACGAGUAAAAGACGUUUAAAUAUCCUUUCGCUAGGCAUUGUGGAUCCUGUAGGCUAAAGCGCUCUACGUUCUAUUAAUUACUAUGGAGGUCAGCUUCAUUGGAAACUACAUCACCCAAACUGCACCUGUUUCAGUUAAUACCUAGGACACCUUAGCAGCAUUUUCAGAUGGAUGAAACACAGGAGACCUGUCCAUGAGACGAAGGACAAUGGAAGAUCCCAAAUCUAUUCAGAGGAGGUUUGAAGCAGCUGUCAAAGUCAUCAGAAAUUUACCUGAGGAUGGCUCUUAUGACCUAUCCGAUGAUAUGCUGGUUAUGUUAUACAGUUACUACAAACAAGCUACAGCAGGACCUUGUAACACCCUAAAACCAAACUCUUGGGAUCCUAUUGGCAAGGCUAAAUGGGAGGCAUGGAAAGCCUUGGGAAACAUAUCAAAGGACCAAGCCAUGAUGGAAUAUGUUCAGGAAAUACAAUUGAUAAUAGAAACCCUCCCAGUCACAGACAGGAUGGCAGAAUUAUUGGACGCUCUUGAUCCAUUUUAUGAAAUAGUGGAGGAUGAUGAUGAUGAUGAUGAUGAUGCAACCAGUAAAGCAGCACCAUUAUCCACAGGAAGCACUAAAGAUGGAAAUGUUGUUGAUGAUGAUGAUGAUGAUGAUGAGAAAGUUGAAGAGGGGGAAAAUUAAAGUAAUGGGGGAAAUAUAGAAGAUGACAUGGAGAUGGAGUAGAAGAAGAAGGGUACAAGCAACACAGAGAGAGGAAGUUUACCAGUGUUUAAUGAAAGUGAGGAGAACAGUGUGUCCUCCUCAACCAAUGACACUCAUAGUUCUCUCAACACUGAGGAGGAAGACGAGGAACUGGCGUAUGAUGACUCAGAUGGCGAGAUAUACAGUGGCUCAAUGGAAAAACCAGCAACACAAGAGAAGGGUUCAGGAGUUCCCGGGGUCCAUUUGGCAGAAGUGAACGUGGUUGGGGCCAACAUGCAACAAGGGGGAAACAGAGAGCCUCAGUGUGGGAGUCAGGAUGGAAAACCACAGGGAAUUACACCCCCCGUCCCCCACCCGCCGACACUUGGAACCGUCCAAACUGACAGAAUCUCCCCGGGCAGAGGAAGAGGCCAUCAGUUAAUGGGAACUAGCCUACCUGACAAACAUGAGUGCAGUUUCCAAGGAAAUGGUCAGCGCUGGGAGACAGAAGACAGAGCGGACAAAAGAGCGUUUAACACAGAGAUCGCUGUGAUACUGUCACAGUUACAGGACAACAUGCAAGAUGUGCUGCACAGACUGACCAAACUGGAACAUCUCACGGCAUCACAAGCUGAAAUCACUCCUCUCAAAACUUUGAACUCCAAGCCAUCAAAAAAGAGAUGGUCCUGGUGGACUUUAAACUCGCCCCCCUUCGCCGCGGUGCUGACCGUUAUCUGGCCGUUUGCUGUGCACUGGCUGGUGCAGUUUUACUUACUGAAGAGAAGGAGGCAAGCUAUGGUUAAGGGUGAAGUGAAGAAUCAGAUACCAACUGUAUACCAUCAUGAGGACUUUCAGACGGUCUGGAUAUAUCUGGAUAUAUCAUAA